AGAUAAAAAAUGUGGAAAGGAUCUAGAAGAUGAUGAUUAAAAACUUGGUUAUCCUCUGCAUGAUGUUCUUGAAGUCAGUCAUCAGUUUGGAGAAGUUAAAACCGGGAAACCUAGCCGAGCAAACAUUUUACAAAGAAAAAUCUUGGAAAACUAAUCUUAUCCCGUCUUCAAAACUUCUCUUCUCCUCAAUCCGUCCCUCCUCUCUAUAUCCAUCUACAUUUCUAUCCUUUUCCUCAACCCGUCCCUGCUCUCUAUAUCCAUCUACAUUUCUACCCUUCUCCUCAACCCGUCCCUGCUCCCUCUAUCCGUAUACAUUUCUACCCCUCUCAACACAAAAUAUUUCAGAAAUUUGUUCGAACAGGGAACAGGAAACCUAUAAAACUAAGUUGAGUUGUUCCCGGAGGAGAAGAAGAAGGAGGAGGGAGGAGAAUUCAUCCCUGGGAUACUACGCUCUACCUCUUCCUUAUCUUCCUGCGGAUGUUAGGGAUCAGCUUGAACACCUUCAGCUAGCAACUCCAGUAGAUAAAGACCUGGUUGAACUGGCUAACUCAUUGUAUCCUGGUGUACUACCUGAGGUCGUAAACUAUAAUACAAUCUUAAACCCUGCAGCUCCAAUCUUUGAUCCCUUCCUACUCGGCCAACCUCAUAUAAAGGAUGAGAAGGGUCCUCCAACUUCAAUCCAGGAUAUUCUAAACCAGCUCCAGGACACCGGACCACCUAGUGAUAUAAACUAUUCACCGCCAAACACUCCGCCACCGGAGCUAACCUAUCCGAAACCAACAACUAAAAAACCUCAAGUUUUCUCCUAUUCCCCGGCGGAGAAACAUAAACCAACAUCAGCUCCGUAUAAGCCUGUACCUACCUCAGCUCCAUACAGACCUGGAUCCAACCGCCCCUCAGCUCCGUAUAGACCUGGAUCCAACCACCCCUCAGCUCCAUACAGACCUGGAACAAGCAUAGCGCCGUAUAAACCUAAACCUGAACCAAACUAUCCAACCAGGGAUCCUGCUCCUCCCAAAAAUGAUUACUAUCCUAUCCAUGAAGAAUUUAUUCCGGAUCCGACUCCCAUCAAUCCUAAGGAUCAGAAGCCCGGCUACGAGAAGCCUGUGAAACAUGCACAACCUGAACAUGGAUACAGUACAACUACUCCGCAACCCUACUCCACUACUCCGGGUCCUGUUUAUAAUAGACCAGCUCCAGGGUUAAACUACAACCCACCCAGUCAAAUAAGUAAACCAAAAGGCCCCAAUGAUUACUACGCUGUUAUACCCUAUAAAGACAUCAACAAACUAUUCGAUCUUCUAAACAAGCAUGUCAGUCAACCUGUUAAACAUAUUCCACAACCUAAGAAGAAGAAGAAGAAGAAAGAACCUCCCAAGGACACGAUAACAACAUUCCGAAUCCCGCAGGAAAAGAAGAAGAAAAACCCCGGUCCCGGUCGGAAGAAGGUUAUUGAGAUCUGUGCCAAGAGCAACACGGGAUUUUUUGCACUUUUUGCUUUCUUAGUGAGUGCUUUAAAUGUAACAAUCAACGUAAUGUUCAGUUUGAUGUUAAACAUCAUGAUAACAGCUACUGGAGUUGGAGCCGGGGUCGGAACUAACGUUGUUGUAAACAAUAACAAUAACAAUAACAAUAACAACAAUAAUAACAACAACAACGAUAACACUAACACCAACAUGAACAACAAUGGGCGAAAGAGACGGGAUUACCGGGAAAGAAUCUCUGAGAGUAUGAUUGUUAAAUUACUCAAUAAUCUUGAUAUAAACAGUUUGGUGGAUGGAUCUGAGGGUUCAAGUAUCCUGGCUGUAAGGGAGGAAGCAGUUCUUCAUUGUUUUCAUCUCCUCUCCUCCAUCUACAGAUAUGGAAGCUGUAAACAUGAUAUACAGGACUGGGAUCUUCUCUCCGAUCUAUCAUUCUCAAAACAGGAGAUGGAAUCCAUACUCAACUCUGAUAAAACCAACCCGAGUUUAAUUCUUGAAAAUUCAUAUCUCCAGAAUCUCCAGGAUAGGCCUGCUCCGAACUCAGAGAUGUGCAGUAAAGACGAUAUUUUGAAGAAAAUAUUUGAUUAUGUCCUUCUAGAUUAUUAUGAUAAAUAAAGUGUUUUAACUUUA